UUGUGAGGUGACGAACAUGUCGUUUUGUGUGUGGAGUGUGAAUAGGGUAAUGGCGUGAAAUGUUCUAAUGUUUACUAAACUCGUAGUUUUCUUAUACACAUAUUAUUACUUUACAAUAGAAGUUAGGAGUUUACAGAAAUAUUUGGAUUUCAUGUAGCUAUGACGUCUAUGCUUCCGUUUACACCUCCGAUCGUAAAACGACUUUUGGGGUGGAAGAAAGGUGAAGGGGAGGAUAAGUGGAGUGAAAAAGCCGUAAAAAGUUUAGUGAAGAAACUGAAAAAGACUGGUGGUUUAGACGAAUUAGAGAAAGCUAUUACAACACAGGACCCUACUACAAAGUGCAUUACGAUACCAAGUUUACGUGCCGAGCGGUCUCGGGCGACGCCAGGGGGGGCGCUAGUGCAGGACCCUACGACCCACGGCAGCAGGUCACUGGACGGAAGGCUACAGGUAUCUCAUCGCAAAGGCCUUCCCCACGUUAUCUAUUGCCGUUUGUGGCGCUGGCCUGAACUUCAGUCUCAUCACGAACUUCGGGCAUUAGACAAUUGUGAAUUUGCUUUCAACCUUAAACGGGACGAAGUCUGUGUCAAUCCAUAUCAUUAUCAGCGUAUAGAAACACCAGCAUUACCAGCAAUUCUAGUUCCUCGUCACACAAGUACAAGUGAGGAUUGUCAGUCGUCCCUGUUUCCGUCUGCUGGAAGCGGUGGAGAAUUGAGCAGUUCCGUGCCAGAAAACACGCAGUUCCCGAGCCCUGUGGGUGGCGGGGGCACAGGAACAAAUAAUUUGAGCACUCUUUUACAGCAUUCUCCCAUUACAAGCCCCACGCUGGAGCCCCCCCGGCCCCUUCCAACCACCGAGACACCCCCACCAGGGUACAUGUCUGAGGAUGGAGAUAAUGUUGACCACAAUGACAAUAUGAGUAUGUCACGUCUCACUCCAAGUCCUCCCAUUGAUGCACAGCCAGUUAUGUAUUGUGAACCAGCUUUCUGGUGUUCAAUCAGUUACUAUGAACUCAAUACCAGGGUAGGAGAAACCUUUCAUGCAUCACAACCUUCUAUCACAGUUGAUGGCUUCACAGAUCCUAGCAACUCGGAACGGUUUUGCUUGGGCCUCCUGUCAAAUGUGAAUCGAAAUACAGUGGUGGAACAAACAAGACGGCACAUUGGGAAAGGUGUACGUCUAUAUUACAUUGGUGGGGAGGUGUUUGCUGAGUGUCUCAGUGAUUCAUCAAUAUUCGUCCAGUCACCGAACUGCAACCAGCGUUAUGGUUGGCAUCCAGCAACUGUAUGCAAGAUACCACCAGGCUGUAACUUGAAAAUCUUCAACAACCAGGAGUUUGCAGCACUGCUGUCACAGUCUGUCAGUCAAGGUUUUGAAGCCGUGUAUCAGCUCACAAGAAUGUGUACUAUUCGAAUGAGUUUUGUGAAGGGCUGGGGUGCUGAGUACAGGAGGCAAACAGUGACUUCAACUCCAUGCUGGAUUGAGCUGCACUUGAAUGGACCUCUUCAGUGGUUGGACAGAGUCCUCACGCAGAUGGGAUCACCACGAUUACCCUGUAGCUCUAUGUCGUGAAGCAGACCUGAAAUUGGAGGUCUGAGAGCUGUUAGGUGCUGCUAGUUGUACCUGCCACCAGAAAACUAGCAUAGCCAGUGCCAUCAGAAGAUAUCCUCAGCACAACGACAGAGAUGGAGGAGAAAUUUUAUCUGAUGCAGAACCUCGCAAGUGCAUGUGCACAGAUGUGUAUGUCUUUGCAUGUACUGAGUAGGCUGCAUGGAUUAUUAUGAGUUGGGGUGUACAUAGAAGCUUUAAAGAAAUAAUUAUAGAGACCAAGUACACACACACCGAAUUGAAGGUACUGUUUUAGUGAUGACAGUGUAACGAGAAAUUCGUUUUCAGUUUGCUUUCUGUUGGAGAGAAUGACUCGUGUUAACUUCUCCACUGUAGCCAUUGCAGAAUGGCAGAUAGGGGACAAUAGGUGAGUGAUGGUCUCACUGUCAACAUGAUUGGUUGAUGGAUUAACAUACCAAAAGAUCAGAAUUUCUAUACAAACUGUGGUAAUUUAUUUUUAAAACCCCAUCAUAAACACCUCAUAUUACAGUUUACAAAGUAUUGUUUGUUCUGUUUCUUACUGUGACUAGCGUAAUAAGUCUCUUGUGAAUAAGAGUGGCUCAGAUGUUACUAUAUACAUCCAACCAUUGCACAGCAGUAGUUGUCAUCUGACCUCUUGACAGGUGGUAGUGGAGUGAUUUGUAUUUUUGAUAAAUGUAUAUCAGAAUUGUUCCUUUUUCUCUCUGGCUUUGAGUUAGUUCCAUGAUGGGCCUAUAUGUGUUGACAUUCAUCUCUUCUCCUGCUUUCCUUCUCUGUGUAACAGUGAUGUGAGACCCCUGUAAUGUGUAUAAUGGACAAAUAAUCAUUUAUAACCUUAGAAAAGUUGCGGAGUGAUAUUUAUAGAGACAAGUAAACAAAGGGGGAGAAACUUGGAACAUUUUUUCAGAUACUAAGGUUUGUCUGUUUUGCAGAAUGAACAAUUCUUGUCUCCACAUCAAUUUCUUUUAGAAUGAAAUUUGUACAAAAUUUUGUCUUAUAUGUGAUUAUCAUACAUGCUGUUGACUUCUGUCUUAUUUUCUUGUUUAUCUUUUAUUUCAAGUGCAGUGAGUUAUAGAUUCUGUACUCCUUGGCACCAUUAAUGUCUAUUUUUUCCACAUUUGUAUGUGUAAUUCCCUCUUGUGGACGUGCGUGUGUGUACAUACGUUUACUUUUUGUGGUGAAGUGCCCAGCAUGUAUAUGGUUUACUUGAAAAUGAAGUUUCAAGUUCCAGUGUACAAUAUUGGGGAGUGGGGAUAGCUCAGUCAGUAUAGUGAUCAGGGUUUUAUUCGUGCUAAUUGUGGGAAUACUUCUGUUUACUGCUAUGUCUGUAUUGGCUCUGGGGCAUGUAAGCGUCCUGUUGAUUGAGUAUUGAGAAUUUUCAUUGGGGAUCAACUGCGAUGUGAAGCUGACCAUUUACCUUCACCUAUUGCUGAGGUUAAGAAUGCGUGGAGCAUGGCCUCCACUCCUGUAUGUCAUCGUGGCAUGGUGCUUAAAUAAGUACAGGGACAACUUUAUCCUUCUAUAUAAUAUUACAAAGAAAGAUGGUAAGACAACGUGUAUUCAGCCUUGAAGUUACGACUCUCCCUAGUUGGAGAGUUUUGUGAAAGCUACUUGAUACGUGGCAGCAGGGACCCCCAAGCCUACUGUAAAUUCGUCACAUGUGAAGAUACUGUAGUGAAUGAUUGUUAAAAUGAAUGAUUUAUGAAGAAUUUGGAUUUUAUAACUGGCAGUUUACUUUCUUUGUGUAUAGUUCUGAGUGAGCAGCAUGCAGUCCAGUGUUUUCCCAUUUGAUGUGUGGGUUUGAUAUUACUUCUGAAUGGAACAAUGUUGUCAAUUCUGCUUGGUGCUAAAAUAAACCUGAUAAUUCAGUGAGGCUAGGAAUAUAUGUAUGCAGGAACCUUCUAUCCUUAUAUGAAUCUGUGGUCUUCACACCCGCACAGGAAUGUUUUUUGUGUGAUUAUUAUGACUGUGUCACGGAAAAGUAGCUCUUUCAUGCAUUUCAAGAGAAUUGCUUGAUAUAAAAUCAGAUUUUCUUCUCAUUCUUCUUUUCCUUGGAAAAUUUUGCCCACUGAGAUUCUGUAAAUGUUGUUAGUUUGUAAAGUGUUACAAUUUUUUCUUCUUUUUAUUUACAAGCUUCAUUAUUUUCUAAUCAUAAUUAAAGUAAUUAAAGAGAUUGUGAUUAGAGUUCACUUUCUUUUAUUUAAUAGGAACAAAUGAAAGUUUUAUUUUAUUUUUGAACAUCAUUACUUACUGUUUGAGAUGAGACAAGUUGAUAGUGUGUUCCAUUUUUCAGUCUUUGAUGUGUCAUUCAUGUUGAACAUGUACAGUAUAGAUGACAUAUUUUAUCCUACUAUAUGAAGUUUGUGUAAAUAUUGCGCUUCAAAUUACUCUGAGUAUAGCCAAACCAAACAGUAUACAAGAUUGCACUGUGCUGUACUGAAUCAUUGAAACCUUUCAUAUGAGUGUAGUGUUUGAUGUAGCAGAUGGGAAACAUUGUGAAUUGUUAUGUACAGGGUAUUUCAAGUCUUGAUGUCAGUACAGGACUACAUUUUUGAGGUCAUUCCUCAUCAGAAAUGGUGUAUGAAUGUGGGCCAAAUUUUCACUGUCUUGGAGCUGGAAUAUUAGAAGUUUGAGUUGUAUAACUAAACUGCUUUGAAUUCUUGCAUAUGAUAGGGCCAUAUGCAAUAUCUGCAACAUCCAAAAUUUGACAUAGUAAUUCGUCUCUUGUGCCUACUUUGUGUUUGUACACCAUUUCUUUCAUAUAACACUAUAAGUAGAAGUCUAGGGGGCUGAAGUCUGUGGACCUUGGGAAACCAUGGGGGUAUGACUAGUUUAAGUUCAUCCUCAGUACACAUGCAUGAGUAGGCAGUUACAUGUUCAUACAGUAUCAAAGCCAGUUGAGUUAUGUGUAUAUCGUUCUUGAACAUCAAAUACCCAUAUGUUUGUUGAAAGUAUGACGUUCUGACUGGAAUAUCCUCAGGAAUAAGCUCUUGAAGUGUUGACAAGUUACAAAGCAUGGGUUCAUCAUACAAGAAAUCUUCUGUAUUUUAGGCAGUUUGAUAUUGCCUUCUCACUGCAGUGCCUCAAGUUCAAGCCCAAAUUUUUUAAAUUUUCCCAUAUUUCCUGGUAUACUAACUAGGCUAUGGGCUAGACAGCCAAGGAGUCAGGGAUCAAUUCCUGAUAGGGGAGAGAGAUUUGUCCCUAUAUUGUCCAGAUUGGCUGUGGGGCCCAUCCAACCUCCUAUACGGUGGUUACAGGGGACUGUUUCCUGGGUGUGAAAGAGGCAGGGAUGUGAAGCUGACCACUAUCUUCUGUCUCGUGCUUGGCUUAAGACUGGCAGGGUAAUACCUCCACUCCCUCGUAUAUCUUAAUGGUGUAGUGCUUAAUUAAUUAAGGCUGGGGAUAAUUUUACUUUUUAUUUUUAAUCAUCUGUUAUUGCUCGGUUCUCAUCUGUCACUGGCACCCAAAAUGUGUGGUAUCCCUGACUAGGCAGCACAUUGCUACGUCCUUGGUAUUUAAAUUGGGGGCUUCAUCUCUAGUCCAGCACAUAGCUGGACAUACAGUAAAGGAAUUACGUUUUGGUGUGAAAACAUUUUCAGUGGUGUCUACUUAAAUGGGAUUCCUUGUAUGGCAUAUGCAUGUAGAUGGUUCACUAGACAGUCAUGUCUGGCAAAAAAAUUUUCAAAAUUAGAAAAUCUGAGAAGAAUACCAUGCUCUUCAGUUGUAAUAACCUCCAUUAUUAACAGUCCCCUUUAUAACGUGUAUGACAUUUGCACUUCUGCUGCUGUUGUCAUCUGGAUUACAAUUACAUUAUCUGAAGAACAAUCCUUUAUAGCUUCAGAAUUGUCAGUAUGAAACACUACCCUGCUCUCAUGAUCUUCACAUCCUUGAAGUGUCAAGAAAAUAUCACCAUGCUCCCUUCAAAUCACUGCAGAAAUUAUAUGUGGAAUGGUUUAUAAAACAAUGUCCCUGGUGCAAAUAGUUAAUCAGACAGGACAGUCCACUUAAGGAAUGCAUUCUAUACAGAAGUGAGAUGAACUUCAUCGUGGUGUCUCCUGACUUGCAGUCAGAACUUUUUUAUGUGAUGUCAUCAGGUACUGUUGUACAAACAAAUGCUUUAUAAUCGUUACAAGUGAAUAAUACUGAAUAAUAUUCAUACUUUAUAUUUAAGGUUUUUGAAAUUCUGACUUAAGCUUCUUUAUUGUCUUUCAUAGUUCUCUUGGCAAAUAUUGGGAUAGUAGUAUCCUUAGUAAUUUGUGGCUGUUGUCUUCUCAGUUAAUAGAAUAUCUUGCAGUCGUUUCCAUUAGUAUGGAACAUUACAUUGUAGAAACAGUAUAUUUAAGCAAUUUUAUCUUGACUGUAAUUGCUGCAUAUAUUGAAUUUCCAUUUUGGAUGUGUGGCAGUGGAUGAUUCUUCAUAUGAAACCAUUCAAUUUUGGUAAAUGCCAUUUAAGUUUAUUUUUAGUGUGUUUGAAAUAAACAUCGGUUUCUGUAUCAGAAGAAGGAAAAACCCCUUGUUUACACACAAUAAUCAAAAGCAUCCAUAAAGUUCAUAUAGUUAAUUAUAUUCAUACUUAAACAUGUAAAAAGAGAAGUGUGAAUUGAAUCAGGGUGUUUGUACAAUUUACACACAGCAGUGGGCAAUUUUAUCCUUCACUCUUCUGUAUGGUAACCUUUAUCUUUAUUACGACAGCUGUGUUAUUGUGAAUUUAAUUUUUUAUGCCAUUAACAACUAGAGUUUUAUUUAUUUUCCACUUUGCAUUUUGGUUCCCAUAAAUCAUUUGGUAUGAUUGUUUAUAUUAUGUACCAUUAAUUUCUGAAGAUGCCAAAAUUUCGGUGGCCACCAGUGUCCAUGGAAGAGGAGAUUCUGUCAGAAGAUGUAUAGCACUGUACCUGUGUCUGAUUUCAUAUUUGCUAUGUCUAGCUAAAGUAUCCACUUGAUUAAUUUACUGUAUCAUCUUUUAGCAUCAUAUCCAUUACAUUAAGGGAGCCAACAAUAGGACUUAAAUAUGUGAAGGGCUUCCUGUGCGGACCCUCUACUAUUAAACUUAGGAACUAUUCAGACUGAGAGAAAUGAGCUGAGGUGGAUGACAGGACUCUUUCCAGGACACUAUCACCUGAAGGGACAUAUUUUUAGUUUGGGACUAACCAACAGCUCUUUGUGAUAGGUGCUUGGACGAAGAUGAAACAGCCUCACAAUUCCUGUAUGGAUGUGAGGCUGUAGGUUCUUUAAGAUUUUGUCACCUAACGCAUUACUUUGUGGAUCCAGGUGACAAUGUAAAUGACCCUUAAAGUAAAAUACCUCAGUUUGUUCGAAGUGUGGGAUUAUUAGAGGACUAGCCAGAAUGGGGUGCACAAUAGGUUAUUGCAACAAUCUUCCCUUUUUUAUUUAUUGUCUAUUUAUGCACCAUAAAAAUUUAGGUAUAACAAACCGAGUGUAUGCAGUGGCAUGUGUAGCAGCGGUUAGCAGAGGAAGAAUCUCCUUUUGCAUGAACAUGGUGAUCACUACAUCAUACAACUUCUUUAUGAAAGCAAUAUAUAACAUUAUACUAAAUAUGCAUAAUUGUACCUGAUGAUGGUUUAUGAGAACCAUAUACAUAAUAAAUAAAAUGUGGUUCUUGAUA